AUGUCAGAAUUGAGAGCCUUCAGUGCCCCAGGGAAAGCGUUAUUGGCUGGCGGAUACUUAGUUUUAGAUCCGAAAUAUGAAGCAUUCGUAGUCGGAUUAUCGGCAAGGAUGCAUGCUGUAGCCCAUCCCUAUGAUUCGUUGCAAAGAUCAGACGUGUUUGAAGUGCGUGUGAAAAGUAAACAAUUUAAAGAUGGAGAGUGGCUAUACCAUAUAAAUCCUAAAACAGGCUUCAUUCCCGUUUCAAUAAGCGGAUCCAAGAAUCCUUUCAUCGAAAAAGUUAUUGCUAACGUAUUCAGCUACUUUAAGCCUAACUUGGACGAUUACUCCAAUCGAAACUUGUUCGUUAUUGACAUUUUUUCUGAUGAUGCCUACCAUUCUCAGGAGGAUAGCGUUACCAAAAAUCACGGCAGCAGAAGAUUGAGUUUUCAUUCGCACAGGAUUGAGGAAGUUCCCAAAACAGGGUUGGGCUCCUCUGCAGGUUUAGUUACAGUUUUAACUACAGCAUUGGCCUCCUUUUUCGUAUCAGACCUGACAAACAAUGUGGACAAAUACAGAAAGAUGGUUCACAAUUUAUCACAAGUUGCUCAUUGUCAAGCUCAGGGUAAAAUCGGGAGUGGGUUUGAUGUAGCAGCUGCAGCGUAUGGAUCUAUAAGAUAUAGAAGAUUUCCACCCGCAUUAAUUUCUAACUUGCCAGAUAUUGGAAGCGCUACUUAUACUGACAAACUGGUUCAUUUGGUUGACGAGGCCGAUUGGAAUAUCACGAUCAAAAGUAACCAUCUACCUUCAGGAUUAACUUUAUGGAUGGGCGAUAUUAAGAGUGGCUCAGAAACAGUAAAACUUGUCCAGAAGGUAAAAAAUUGGUAUGAUUCGCACUUGCCAGAAAGCUUGGAAGUAUAUACAGAACUAGACCAUGCAAAUACUAGGUUCAUGGAUGGACUAUCUAGGUUAGAUCUUUUGUUCGAGACUCAUGACGAUUAUAGUAAACAACUAUUUGAGUCUAUUGAAAGAAAUGACUCUACUUGUCAAAAAUAUCCUGAGAUCACAAAUGUUAGAGAUGCUGUUGCCACAAUUAGACGUUGCUUCAGAAGGAUAACCAAGGAAUCUGGGGCCGAUAUCGAACCGUCUGUGCAAACCAACUUAUUGGACGAUUGUCAGAUCUUGAAAGGAGUUCUUACUUGUUUAAUACCUGGUGCUGGUGGUUAUGACGCCAUUGCAGUAAUUGCUAAACAAGACGUUGAUCUUAGAGCUCAAACUGCUGACGACGAAAGAUUUUCUAAGGUACAAUGGUUGGAUGUAUUUCAAGCUGAUUGGGGUGUUAGAAAAGAAAAUGAUCCGGAAACUUAUCUUGAUAAAUAA